AUGCGCCUCGUCGCGGCAGCGCUGCUCGCAGCAACAACAACAGCAACAUCCCUCGACGCGAGUUCGCUCCUGCCGGAGCUCGAACGCUUCGAGGCCGUGGCGCCCUGCGGGCUGCCCGUCGCGCGCUACUACACCUUGGCAAAAUACGGCGCGAUGCUGUCGAUCGUCGGCGAGGCGGCGGUCCGGGACGGCGUCGUCGAGGUCGCCAUCGCGGCGCGGGACGUCGCCGGCGGCCGGCGCCUGCUCGUCGACGACCUCGGCUGGCCCGAGGCCGCGGUGCCCGCGGCGGCGCCGGCGUUCGACUGCGCCGGCGCGGACGUGAGCGCCGUCGCGCGGGGCCCGUCGAGCGCCGUCGCCUGCGACGUGGUCUCCACCGGCGGCUGCGCGUGGCGCGCGUCCUGCGCGGCCGUCGAGGCCGGCCGCCACGCGGUCGAGGCGCAUCUGGAGGGCUUCCGCGGCGCGGCGGAGCCGAACGGGACCAAGUACCCGCGCGAGAAGCUGGCCUGGGAGCCGCCCUACGCCGAGAUCAAGUGGCGCACGGAGCCCGCCGUGCCCGGCGCGCCGUCGGACAAGCGGCGGAACAACUACGACGGCCCGCUCGUCCGCGGCGCGCCCGAGGUCUGGUGCGGCGACCGCUGCGGCUUCACGGACGGCUGCGCCUACUGGACCCAGGAGGGCUGGAACGAGAAGUCGCCCUACGCCUGCAAGCUCUACGCCGCCGCCCUGCUCGAGGCCCUCCGCGACGCGCCGCGGCCGCCGCGGCCGCCGGCGGCCGCGGACGGCAAGGAGAACGACGGCCUCGACGCGCUGGACCCGGCCAUCGAGCGCGCCUUCGCGGGCCUGGCCAAGUUCGAGGGCGACGCCGACGGCGCGCUCGACGCGACCCGCGCGACGCGGACCGCGCGGCUCGCGGCCGCGCGCGGCUCCGCGGCGCGGCGCGCGGCGCGCGCGGCCGAGGACCGCGCGGCGUCGGGCGCGCGCGCCGCCGACGCCGCCCGGGGGGACCGCGCGGCGACGCACGCGGCCCUCGCGCGCGCGCGCCGGUCCUUCGCGGACGACGUCCGCGCGCGGCUCCGGCGCGCCACGGGGCCCGACUACGGGGGCCUCGCGACGCCCCGCGGCGCGCCGUCGCCGCGGCCCUUCCCCGAGGCCAAGGCCGCCGCCGCCGCGGCGACGCGGGACGCGCGCGACCUCGCCGACGAGUACGACGCGGCGCCCGCGCGCCACGACGUCACGCGCUUCGACGACCUCCCCGACGCGGGCUCCGACUUCUCCGACAGCGACGACGACGUCGGGGCCAAGGGCGGGCGCUAG